AAGAGUGGAUGAGAGAGAGGGAAGGAGAGAGAGAGGGGGGGGUUGUUAGUAGGGCAGAAUGUAACUCAGUGACUAGCAGCCCUAUAGCGUGCUGGGAUCGAGUUUCUUCCUGUCUGUAACAGAUCCCUCUGAUCUGACCAACACAGACUGGAUCUCAGCUUUUAAUGGCAGCCUCUCUACCAGCUAUCACAACAAGCUGUUUCAUUUCACAGCGUUUUGAUGUUAUGACCGACACAUCGACUGACACAACAACUCCGGACCGGAUGAUCCGACCCUCGGGAUGCCUGGGAGGUGUUCCCAUGGUCUCUGCUUGAAACGUGGCGUUGAUUACAAAGGUUGUAAGAGGAGACGAGAGAAGACGAGGAGACGAGAGGAGACGAGGAGACGAGAGGACCGUAACACCGCCGCCUCUCUCCCGUAGCCGGGUGAAGAGAUGAACAGAUAGACAUGGAGGUGGAUUUUAAAUACAUUUGUUGUUAUUGUUGUUGUUGUUGUUUAUCCAAACCCGGCGCCCUGACAGACUGACCAUGCCGUCGCUGUGGAAACGGUUGACCUUUUCCUUUGCCACUCUGCUCUGCGUGCUCUCUGCCACUCUGCUGCUGGUUGCCCUGGCGACCGAGCGCUGGGUCAGCGGGAGGAUCCUGUGUGGUACCGGGGCAGAGCUGGUCAGCGCCAACUAUUCUGAACUGGACAAGUUUACUGGACACAUCUACUACGGGUUGUUCCAGGGUCAGAAGACUAGGAGGUGUGGACUGGGAAACCGCAGCGCCAAGAUAUACAUAUUCCCUACUCUGGUACAGACCCUGAACACAGGUCUCCAUGUGAUGGUGAUAGUCUUCCUGUUGGUGGCCGUUUUUUUUACUCUGCUCAGCCUUUCAUUCUCUAUCUACAACGCACGCAAGGUUCCCUACCAGAGCAUUAAAGGCCCCACUGGACUCUACAUCUGGAACACCAUAGCAGGGGUGUUUGGGUCGUUAGCCGUCCUGUGUUUCUUAGCAGCUGUCAGACAUCAUCGGUUAACGGAACGUGUCUCUAACUACCAGGAGACUCUUUUCCAUUUCUCCAUUCUGGAUGAGCGACUGGAUUGGUCCUUCUGGCUGGGCGUGGCCAGCGUCGCUACGCACGGUGUGGUGUGUGUUGUCGUGGCAAUGAGCCGGAUCAAACUGCCCAAACCACAGAACAAGAAACAGUCCGAGCAGCCAACUGUCACCGCUGAAGUCCUCAUGUACUGACGCACGCACGCACGCACGCACGCACGCACGCACGCACACACACACACACACACACACACGUUAGUGGGACAUUAUCUACUAGCCUGCUGUAAUCUACACGACACUGGGUCUAUCUACUGUCUAUAAAAACUGUAAUCUACACUACACUGGGUCUAUCUACUGUCUAUAGAAACUGAUCUACACUGGGUCUAUCUACUGUCUAUAGAAACUGUAAUCUAC